UCGUCUCAGGUCGCUAAUUACUGAGGAAAUUGCCCCAGCGCGCUGCAGAGCGCCUCGCCGAGAGCCGGUGGCUGCCGCCCCACACUGACGCCUCCGCUGCAGGGAUGGAGGUGAUGGACAGCUGCCAGUUCUCCCCCUCCGAGCUCUUCUAUGACAGCUCCUGCCUCUCCUCCCCGGAGGGCGAGUUCCCCGAGGAUUUCGAGCCCAGGGACCUGCCUCCCUUCGGCGCCCACGAGCCCCCCGAGCCCGCCUGCUCCGAGGAAGAGGAGCAUGUCCGAGCUCCCACUGGCCACCACCAGGCCGGCCACUGCCUCAUGUGGGCUUGCAAAGCCUGCAAGAGAAAAUCCACCACAAUGGACCGGCGGAAGGCGGCCACCAUGAGGGAGAGGAGGAGGCUGAAGAAAGUGAACCAGGCGUUUGAGACCCUGAAGAGAUGCACCACUGCCAACCCCAACCAAAGACUCCCCAAAGUAGAGAUCCUGAGAAACGCCAUCAGAUACAUCGAAAGCCUCCAGGAGCUCUUGAGGGAACAAGUAGAAAACUACUAUCACCUGCCGGGACAGAGCUGCUCCGAACCGACCAGCCCCACUUCCAGCUGCUCCGAUGGGAUGGUAAGAGAGGGGCAGGAGCGAUGGGGCUGUGGGGACCCCAGGAAGGCCCGCGGGCAGGUCCCCCUCGGCCCAGCGUCGUGGGACCUGUCCCGUGGGUGUGAGACGGGCCGAAUGCAGCCGGACAUCAGGAAAAGGCGGACGGUUUGGGUUAAAACAGGCCCCUUCUCAGAUUUAACGCUGAGCAUGCACGUGAGCUUUCCGGGAAUGCAUGGGGGGACGAGAGCUGUCUGGCCUGCUGGUUCUUUAAGUGCAUUCCCUGGUACCGGGGAGGGCAGCGAGACCCGGCUGCGGGGUACCCGCCAGCAUCCGUGUUCGGCCCCAGCCCAGACUCGGUCACCCCCGGCUCCUGCCUGCAUGGGGACCUGCCUCGUGACGGCGGUCCUGGGCCGGGAGAUGGAGCGCCUUGCCGGGCUGGGGCCUGGGGGCUUGUUUCUCCCAUCACCGGUGGGUAUUAUUCUGAGACGGCUGAUGGAGGAACAAAAACGUGGAGGGUCAAAUUCUCCCUCCAUUCCUGUGCUGCUAUGGGCAGAAUUUCCUUUAUCUUCUGCAAGAGUGCUCCGCUUGCCUUCCUGCAGGAGGUUAUGCAUCCUGGAUGCUGAUGGACCUCAUGCGAAACCCACUGUACUGCAGAGUCCGGCUACUUUCUCAGAGGUCUUCUGCUUUCUGCUCCCCAGGCCAGCCGAUACGCACCGUCCAGUCCUGGAGUCUGGUUUCGUUUUGAGCAUUAGUAACACUUAUGGACUGCCUGGCAAUCUGCUGGAAGAUGUUGGUGGCUAUGAUGCCAAAGGCGUUGCUCAGCUGUGCUUGAAGGAGGUGAUAGUGGGCAUGAUAUCUGAGGGUCAGCAAGCCCAGUGA